UAGCCAUUAACUUUUCCGUCAAGAAAACAGCUUAUCAUGUAGUCAACAGAAUAUCUAGGCAAAUACAAGAAGGACAUUUCUCCAGAAAGAUUUCAUCAACAAAUAAAACUGGAUCUAUGGACAAUUAUCGGAAUAAACUAUACACUGUGAUGAAUUCACCAGCAGGUCAUGCGAGUUAUGUUGGCAACAAUGAAAAUUGCACAGAUAUUAAGGACAAAACCAACUGCUUUCUUUCAUGUCCAGAAACAUCCCCUAAACUUGUUGGACGAAAAACUCCUUAUUUAUCCAUACCAACUACUACAAAAUUAAAGACAGCUCUGUCAUGGGUCAAGAACGGUGGUCGUUACAGCCCUGAUGGUUGCAUUCCCCGUCACCAUGUUGCCGUGAUUAUACCAUUCAGAGACAGAGACCAACACCUAAAAACAUUUCUAUAUAAUAUACACCCCUUCUUAAGACGACAACAACUUGACUACGGGCUAUAUGUUAUUGAGCAGAUUGGUACUUCUAAAUUUAAUCGUGCCAUGUUGAUGAACAUAGGUUAUGCAGAAUCGAUAAAAAUUCACAAGUUUACAUGUUUUGUAUUUCACGAUGUUGACCUUUUACCGGAGGAUGACAGAAAUUCAUACACCUGCACAACACAACCAAGACAUUUGUCAGCAGCCGUUGAUAAAUUCAAAUACAGAUUACCAUAUAAAGCUAUAUUUGGUGGCGCGUCAGCUUUAUCUAAAAGCCAGCUACAAAGUGUCAAUGGAUUUUCCAACAAAUUUUUUGGUUGGGGAGGAGAAGACGAUGAUAUGUGGAACAGGCUUAUGCACGCUAACUUCACAGUUACAAGACAUUCGAAUAAAGUAGCAAGAUAUACAAUGUUGAGACAUGGCAAAGAGAAGGGAAACAAACACAAUACAAAGAGAUACAAACUUCUAGAAAAUGGCUAUAAGAGAUUCAAGAAAGACGGGUUAAACAGUUUGACAUAUAAUGUGGUCCGAAUCCAGAUAAAUCCUCUUUAUACUAGAAUAUCUGUAGACAUCAAUGAAAAAGAAAUUAUGAAGAACUGAGUGCUUGUAAACCAAAGUAAAGACAAAUGAGCGCAAAGGAGAAACAAAGAAUAGAACUUACAAGAAUUUUGCUGUCGGCUGAUUGAAGACUGAAAACUAAUUCAUCAUUCAGCAUUUGGUAUAAGUAAAGCGUCUAUAAUUCCUCGUGUGACGAUUUGCUUUAGAACAAAGCUGGAUUAUUAUUUCUAUGCAGUAUCAUAGUAAUAAAAGAUGAAACUGUUGUAUAUGCAUCAAUAGUGUCAAGAGAAUUAAUGUUAUUCUUUAUGAAUGUAAGCAAUAAAUGUGCCAGAUCCACGUUAGAGUAUGUAUUAGUUGUGUCCGUGAAUGUACGGCUGAUAUCUAAAGUGAAUACGACAUCUAACAUAUUAGGAAUAUUAAGUCAACUGGGGCGAUAUUUUUGCAAUCAUGUGAUUUAUAUUCUAACUUGUAGUUAAUUAGUCGGAUUGUGUAAAAAAAAAUGAACGAAGAAACAGCUUACAAUUUUUGUCCAUCAUUUAACAUGAACGAUAAUGUGUCCUGAAGUGUAUUCUUCAGUAACUUGAUAUGUAUCAAGCAAUGGAAACUCUCAUAUUAUUAAUCUAUUGAUCAAUAUUCUAAUCAUAUUUCUAUGCAGUUUUGUAUUUGAUCACGUUAUUUAUAUCUAUACGUUACUCUCCUAAAGGAGGAUAACUAAUGUAUAUUUAAUUAUAUAGACAUAAUACAGUAAAGUUAUAGAGAACAGA